AUGAUUGACCAGCGGCUUGCUCUGGUGGACGCGCAGUCGAACGCUGGCCUCAGCAGGGAGGCGCUGAUGAGGAACCAGACCACCGCGCUCAUCCAGGCGAUUUCCACUGGAGGCAAAAUUAGCGACGACUGCUGUACGAUAAUCACUCGACACGUAGCCCAGGGCCCAUGGAGUGUCGAGCAGAAACAAGCGACCGCAUCAGCUUUGAAUGAAGCAGCUGUGCUGGCGGACAGCAAGACCAGCGGGGCCCGAGCCACGCAGAGCCUUGAUUUCUUGGCCGAAUGGGAAAGCAUCAGGUCGCCUGAGCUGUCGACGUCCGCCAAACUUGAAGUGGUCGCUGCCCGCCUCAACAUGAUCGGAGUGACGUGCCCCGAGGAGACACUCCUCAAGAAGGGCGUCGCCAUCGUCGUUUUGUCUAGCCCCGAGCUCCUGACCCAGGAGUUGAGUGGCACCUGGAAGAAGAGCCAGAAGGACAGGCUCCAGCAGUUCGUGAAGGUCCUGGACAAGUCCAAGCCUUGGAAGUUCCAGCACAUGACCAAGUACCCUCUGAGGCCGAGUUUGCUCCACGAGACGAUCUUCAACCACGCGCGCCCUGGUGGCCGCGCUCCAGUGGGGGACCCCGACGUCGACGGCCUCGAUGUAGCGUGCCAGGAGAUGUGCUGCAGGCAGGGACUCGUCAAGCCAGGUCAAGAAAGCCAGGCGCAAGUACCGUCGGCGAUGCAGCAGGGGAUGGGCGACAUGCAGAUGCAGUUCAUGACGGCCAUGGCCAUGGCGGCUAUGCAGAAUUUUCCUCAAACCGCUGGGCCACUGGUCCAGUGCAUGGCGCAGAUGAUGGGGAACGCCGAGCAGAAGACCCAGCCCGCUAGCAUCAACAUCGAUUACACUGGCCUGAAGCCGAGGGGCGGGGACGCUGGAGCCCUUGUGCCGCAUGGCGCGGCCUGUCCUGUUGACGAGACGGCCGAGCUAGAGCGGAAGAUGAGGGAGGCUGCCAUGGCCGCCAAGGCGCGCCCCAAGGAGGCGAAGGAGGCAGCGACGGAGGGAGCGCCGCCCAAUGGCGACGCCACGGCAGGCAGCACCGUGGACAAGAGCACGACAAAGGGGGCGGGCAAGGGCGCGAAGGGCAGAGGUGCCCUCAACGUGGACUUCACCGCCCUGCUCAAGCCCGAGGACUGCGUGUUGCGGAGCCGCAGCGCCUUUACCUCCAGGGCGUACACGGGGGUCAAAACGAUUGCUAAGGGCCAGGGGAUUACCGACAAAGGCGAGCUGAACCGCCUCGCGAAGGUUGCCUAUGCCGCAGCCUCUGACGUCUACACACUUUGGGAGGCCAAGGACAAGACACGCAAGUGA